ACUGCGGCCUCCUCCUCCACUACACGUCUCUCUGCUCGCUGCGCCGCCGAACAUGGCAGGAGGUGUGCGGAGGAAGUCCCCCGGCUCCCCGGCCCCUCUGUGGGGGAAGCUCCAGACGCUGUGGCAGGACAAGCACCUGGUCCUGUUCAAGACGGAGUACACGCUGCUGGUCGUGUCCGUGCUGUGGCUCCUGGAGAUCGGCAUCAACGUGUGGGUCAUACAGAAAGUGGCGUACACUGAGAUAGACUGGAAAGCCUACAUGGAUGAAGUAGAGGGCGUCAUCAAUGGGACAUACGACUACACUGAGCUUAAAGGAGACACGGGUCCCCUGGUGUACCCUGCUGGCUUUGUCUACAUCUUCACUGCUCUUUAUUACAUCACCAGCCACGGUGUGAACAUACGUCUGGCUCAGUACAUCUUCGCUGCUUUCUACCUCAUCACUCUUCUGUUCGUCUUCAGGAUAUACAACCGCACUAAGAAGGUUCCGCCCUACGUGUUCUUCUUUGUGUGCUGCGCCUCCUAUAGGAUCCACUCCAUCUUUGUGCUGCGACUCUUCAAUGACCCAGUGGCCAUGAUGCUGCUGUUUGGAGCUGUCAACCUCUUCAUGGAUGGAUACUGGACCGUGGGAUGUGCCAUCUACAGUUUAGCAGUGUCUGUGAAAAUGAACGUGCUUCUGUUUGCCCCCGGGCUACUUUUCCUCCUCCUGUCUGAGUUUGGUCUAAUCAGGACAAUCCCCAAACUUUCUCUGUGCGCAGGAAUACAGAUUCUGCUCGGCCUGCCUUUUCUCAUGGAGAAUCCCAGUGGUUACGUGAGCAGGGCUUUUGAUCUUGGCCGUCAGUUCAUGUUUAAGUGGACGGUGAACUGGCGCUUCCUGCCCGAGAUGCUCUUCCUGAAUCGCAACUUUCAUUUACUCCUGCUCGCUGUCCACCUGCUCGCCCUGCUGCUCUUUGCUUUCCGCCGGUGGAAGAGGCCAGGUGAGAGCAUCUUCGAUCUUCUCAAGGAGCCUGGCAAGAGGAAAAUCCCUCCUCAGGAGAAUUCUGUGGAUCAGAUAGUACUGAUUCUGUUCACCUCUAACUUCAUCGGCAUGUGCUUCAGUCGUUCGUUGCACUACCAGUUCUAUGUCUGGUACUUCCACACACUGCCUUUCCUGCUCUGGAGUGGUGGAGUCAAGAAGCUGGCCCAUCUGCUCAGGGUCCUGAUCCUGGGUCUGAUCGAGCUUUCGUGGAACACGUACCCCUCCACCAACAGCAGCUCGGCCGCCCUGCACGUCUGCCACCUCAUCAUCCUCCUCUGUCUGUGGCUGGCUCCGCCCCUGCAGCCAGCCCCUGCAGAAAACCCACAGGACAAACCUGUUAAGGACAAACGUCAGUGAGCCACGGCCUGAUCGGAGCGGACAUCUGAAUACGGUCAAGACUGCUGCCGACAGCCGUCAUCCCCCCCUCCUCAUUUAAGCCCCCCACAACACCGGUGCACGGGGGAGGUCACUGGGGUAGACUGUUUAUACGAGGAAAAAAUGAGCAAUUUGAUGCUUCUCAUCUCCGCUCGUUGCUAAAGGUGAAUGAAGCAAACAUGUGGGUGCAGACUGAAGACAGACGCCUACACGAUGAAAUGCGAUGUAGUCGUGUCUUGCAGUUAAGGAGAUGAAAAGUGAAAGAAUUCAUGGAUUCUCAGGUUUCAUUGUCAAAUACAUAAUAAGAAGAGAGGAGUACAGUACAAAGAGGAAAAUGUGAAUGUUUUUGUGUGUGAAAAGGAUUUAUUACAUAUACUAUAUUUCUACUCAGUAAGUUAAAGGUACAGUCACCCAUAAUUGGACAGUCCCAAUCAUUAUUUCUUUUGUGAUGCUCUAAUAUUUUCAAGUCAUUUAAUGAGGCACAAAUAAGAAAACAAAUUGUAUUUAUGAAAGCAGUAUAUUGAAUUAAUUUAUUUAUAUCCCAAAGACUUUACUAAGAACGUAUUGUAUAUCGGGCAGAAGCUUUUGGCAUUUUCACUUGCCACAGUAAAUUCUUUUUUUUCCAGUACAAGGCCAAAACUCAUAAAAUAGUGAUGUUACAAGUGUGUACAACAAAGCUAUUUUUCUGAUUUGUUGAUUCAUCCACUGUUGUGUGUGUGUGUAUUCCAAAAAUUAUUCAUCGCAUAUGUAGAUUUAAUGUGAAAAGUUUGCAGUAGACUGAACAUUUUAUAUUAAACUGAGAUACCACUUCA